GAUGGCGGCGGCCGGAGGCGGCAGCAGCAGUAGCGGCGGCUGCGGCUUCCAGGCUGCGGAAGGACCCGAGCUGUAGACCCCGACGCGGGGCCGGCGUGGACUGGCGGGCAGCGAGAGGCGGCGGCAGAGGAUGAGCCUGCUUUGCGCUCAGUAUCUCCGGCAGGCAGAAGUCCUGAAGGCUGACAUGACAGAUUCGAAGCUGGGACCAGCCGAAGCCUGGACAUCUCGACAAGCUUUACAGGACUUAUACCAGAAAAUGUUAGUAACAGAUUUGGAGUAUGCAUUGGAUAAAAAAGUGGAACAGGAUCUGUGGAAUCAUGCCUUUAAGAAUCAGAUCACAACUCUACAGGGUCAAGCAAAAAACCGAGCAAAUCCAAAUCGGAGUGAAGUUCAAGCAAACCUCUCUCUAUUUCUAGAAGCAGCUAGUGGCUUCUAUACGCAGCUACUGCAGGAGCUGUGCACAGUAUUUAAUGUGGAUUUGCCCUGCCGUGUGAAGUCCUCUCAGUUGGGAAUUAUCAGCAAUAAACAGACGCACACCAGCGCCAUAGUGAAGCCACAAUCUAGCUCCUGCUCAUAUAUAUGCCAGCACUGCCUUGUCCACCUUGGAGACAUUGCUCGCUACAGAAAUCAGACCAGCCAGGCUGAAUCCUAUUAUAGGCAUGCAGCUCAGCUUGUCCCCUCCAAUGGUCAGCCUUAUAAUCAGCUGGCUAUUUUAGCAUCCUCCAAAGGAGAUCACCUGACCACAAUUUUCUACUACUGCAGAAGCAUUGCUGUGAAAUUUCCUUUCCCAGCUGCUUCUACUAACCUACAAAAAGCACUUUCUAAAGCACUGGAAAGUCGUGAUGAGGUGAAAACUCAGUGGGGAAUAUCUGAUUUCAUUAAGGCAUUUAUAAAAUUUCAUGGCCAUGUAUAUCUGAGUAAGAAUUUGGAGAAAUUAAAUCCUCUUCGUGAGAAAUUAGAAGAGCAAUUCAAGAGGUUGCUGUUCCAAAAAACCUUCAAUUCUCAACAGCUUGUCCAUAUUACUGUCAUCAACCUGUUUCAGUUGCACCAUUUACGGGAUUUUAGCAAUGAGACCGAACAGCAUAGUUACAGUCAGGAUGAACAGCUAUGCUGGACACAAUUACUGGCACUCUUCAUAAAACUCUUUUUGCUUUGCAGUGUUUGGCCUUGGCUGAUUUCUCUUCUAAACAGUUUUCAGCCUCAUGAAGAAGACCUCUCCUGCCCUAAUGCCACCCCUCUUCCAGAAGAGUUUGAGCUGCAGGGAUUCUUAGCUUUGAGACCCUCGUUCAGGAACUUGGAUUUUUCUAAAGGCCAUCAGGGAAUUACUGGAGACAAAGAAGGGCAGCAUCGCCGUAUACGGCAACAACGCUUGAUUUUCACAGGAAAAUGGAUCGCUGACAAUCAGCCAAGGUUGAUCCAAUGUGAAAAUGAGAUUGGCAAACUCAUGUUUUUGACAGAGAUCCCAGAACUGUUACUGGAGGAACAUAGUGAAUCCAAACAGAGUCAUGUUCUGCAGGAAGCAUCAGAGCCACAGUUUGUAGAUGGAAGCCCAGGACUUAAGUCUGUGCUCUCUACAAGUCGAAACCUCAGCAGCAACGCUGAUACAGGAGAUAAGCCAAUGGUGACAUUCAAAGAAAACAUUAAACCACGAGAAAUAAACAGAGAGCAAAGCCGAAACUAUCUGACCAAGGAAGUAGGAAGGGAAAGACGAGAUUAUAACAAAGGAAUAACAGCCAAUAAAAAUGAUGGAAAGAAGGACAACAACAAAAGGAAGAAUGACAUUAAGAAAUGUGGCAUGGAGAAGAGUCAAGAAACAGGGAAGCAGAAUGUAGCAGUACAGGUAAAAUCCCAGACUGAGUUGAGGAAGACUCCAGUGUCUGAAGUCAGAAAAACACCAGUAACUCAAUCUCCAAACCAGGCCAGCAACUCCCAGUUCAUCCCCAUACAUCACCCAGGAGCUUUCCCUCCUCUUCCCAGCAGGCCAGGCUUCCCACCUCCUGCCUACGUUAUUCCUCCUCCUGUGGCUUUCUCUAUGAGCUCAGGAUAUACUUUCCCAGGUGGUGUUUCUGUCCCAGGAACCUUUCUUCAGCCUGCAGCUCAUUCGCCUGCAGGAAAUCAGGUGCAAGCUGGGAAGCAAUCCCACAUUCCUUACAGCCAGCAGCGGCCCUCUGGACCAGGCCCAAUGAACCAGGGACCUCAACAGACUCCAUCCCCUUCUCAGCAGACCCUUGCAUCCUUACCAGCUCAGGCAACAACCCCAUCGGCAAGCCAGCUACAGGUCCAGGCUCUCGCCCAGCAGCAGCAGCAACAGCAGCAGCAGCAGUCCCCAACAAAAGCUGUGCAGGCAUUAGGGAAGAGUCCUCCACACCACUCUGGAUUCCAGCAGUAUCCCCAGGGAGACUCCUCCAAGCAGCUCUGGAACCCCUCUCAGGUCCAAGGCCCAUUGGGGAAGAUCAUGCCUGUGAAGCAGCCGUACUAUCUUCAGGGCCAGGAUCCCGUGAAACUCUUUGAACACUCCUUGCAGCCUCCCCUUCUGCAACAACAGCAGCCUCUGGAGAAGAAAAUGAAGCCUUUCCCUAUGGAGCCAUAUAACCAGAAUCCCUCAGAGGUCAAGAUGCCAGAAUUUUAUUGGGACUCCUAUGGUAUGGCUGAUAACCGGGUUGUGAUGGCACAACAACAAGCCAACCUGGACCGCAGAGGGAAACGUCAGCAAGGAGUCUUCCGCCCAGAGCAGGACCCAAUGCCGAGGAUGGGUUUUGAGGACCCCAAGAGCUCCCCUCUGCUUCCUCCGGACCUGUUAAAGAGUUUGGCUGCCUUGGAGGAGGAGGAAGAGCUGAUUUUCUCUAAUCCUCCUGAUCUUUACCCAGCACUGCUGGGGCCUCUCGCCUCUCUUCCUGGACGAAGCCUCUUUAAAUCAUUGUUGGAGAAACCAUCAGAUCUGAUGUCACAGUCGCCAUCUUUCCUAUCGCUCACAGGCUUCUCUCUUAAUCAGGAAAGAUAUCCAAACAGCAUGUUCAAUGAAGUUUAUGGGAAAAACCUCAAUGCCAGCACAAAAGCCGAGGUUACACCAUCAGUAGCUCACCAAGAGACUUCACUUUAUUCUCUUUUUGAAGGUACUCCAUGGUCUCCAUCUCUUCCAGCCAGCUCAGAUCAUUCAACACCAGCCAGCCAGUCUCCUCACUCCUCCAACCCAAGCAGCUUGCCAAGCUCUCCUCCAACUCACAACCAUAAUUCGGUUCCAUUCUCCAACUUUGGACCCAUUGGGACUCCAGACAACAGGGAUCGAAGGAUAACAGAUCGAUGGAAGACAGAUAAGCCGGCAAUGGGAGGCUUUGGCCUGGACUAUCUCCCAGCAACAUCAUCCUCUUCAGAGAGUAGCUGGCACCCAACCAGCACCCACAGCGGUCCCUGGUCAGCCCAUGGCCCAUCCAUAGAGGAUUCGUCAACUGUGCUUAUGGAAAGUCUGAAGUCUAUCUGGUCCAGUUCUAUGAUGCAUCCUGGACCUUCUGCUCUGGAGCAACUGUUGAUGCAGCAGAAGCAAAAGCAGCAACGUGGGCAAGGUGCCAUGAAUCCACCACACUGAGAACAAAAGAGCUGGCAACCUUUGCAAUCGGAAGCUCCAUACAUCAUGGCAUGUUGGGUUUACAGGACUGUCCCACACAGUUCUGUGCGCGUGGCAGCCUCUCUUCUGUUCCUUGAUGUCAGGAGGGUGUAAGUGCUCCACCAACCCACUGAGUAUGCACGAAAAUGAAUGCAGUGCAAUGGAAAACCAACACCAGGAACUCUCCCAUCCCACCAGGGCCUUCUGGAGGGAGAGAGGGACUGCUGUUUAUCUUCACGGUAACCUGAUAUCACCGCCUCUCACCUUCUCCAUCGUGCAUGUGCCCAGCCAUGUGGGAAAAUAAAAGAUGGGAAAGAAGAGCAGAUGGGAGAAGCCACUGAGAACUUCUCGAUCCUCUUCCUCAGUUUUGGGGAACCUAGUAGGAAUCUAUUACCUAUAGCUUUGCUGACUGAGAAUGUAGUUGAAAUUUAUUCCUCAACGUCUAAAUUUCGAAUUAUUACUGUCUCAGUAGUAAGAUCACACUGAAUUCUUCCAUACACAAACGUGCUUUGUAGUCAGUGUGUAGCACCCCUCGAGUCACCGGUCCAGCCAGCCAGAGUUGGGUAAGUGGUAAAUUGACGGGAAGGGCGAGUGUGUCUGGUCUCCUGAGUUAGGUAAGGCGUUUCACGAAGGAGAAUUUGGUCCCUCCGGCGUCAUUUCCACCUCUUCUUCAAAGGUUGAGUCUGGACUAUUGUGAAUGGGUGAAGGAUUCCAGCAGUACUAAAGUGCAGUGGCCACUGCCAGCCCUCAGUUCAGGGCAAUUGGGGUUUUUAAGUUAAGUGGUUCAGAUUCCUGUACAUUUUACGAUAGCGUAGUGACCAGUCUGAUGAAAUGGCAAAGCUGGCCUGUGCAUUCACAGCCUGACUCCUUUAUGUAGGUAGGUAGAAGCUUUCUGUGUCUUUCUUCCUUUUUUCUCCCCCCCCCCCCCCCCCCCCCCCCCCCCCUCUUCCUAGCCCCCCCCCCCCCCCACUCUGCUCGGUUGCUUGUAGUUCUGUUCUUCAUAUGCAGCAUCCCACCAAAUUCUAGCAGGAUCACGGGGAGCCAAGGAAUUAGACAGGACAAUAUAGGCAAUCUCCUCUGCCAGUAAGUCUAUGUCUGCAGGUUCGCGCACACGUGUAAUCGCAGAGUUCCAGCUUCAGAAUGGAAGUUCAAGGCAACAAGAUCCCUAUGAGGGGACCCCCUGCAGAGAAGCCGUCAGUCCACUUGCUCCUAUAAGGAUGCUGAAACGGGGGGGGGAAAGGUUGAACUUGAUAUUUAUUGAGCAGAAGGAAGGCUGCAACUCUUCUUGCAUAGGAAACAAGGACACUUCCCCCCCCCCCUACCCUUUUUUUUUAAAAAAAAAUUUUUUUGUUUUUGUUUCCCAGGGUACCUAAGGAAACAGUCUAAAUGUUUUAAACCGUUGCAAAUGCAGGAGUAUGUAUGUGUAUGUGUAUCAGUUCAGGAUCUGUGAGCCACAAAAAACAGCUGCAGAGCAAAGCACAUCUGGGGUCCACAAGCGACACUGGAGUCGGGGAGCAGCCCCAAAUAGACUAUAUAU